AUGCCGAAACAUAUCGAGCUAAUAUAUUGGGUUCUUAUAUUAACGAUACUCAUUAGUGAAGCUCUAAUUGAAGGAAAAACGAUACAAAAGUCGGUGAACAAAGCAAUAAUAAAAACCAUUAAGGUUGAUAAUAAUGAGAUCGUCGAUUGUUAUGAUAUUUACAAACAACCUAGUCUUAAUCAUCCUUUGCUUCGUAAUCACACAAUACAGAUGAGACCAAGUUCGUAUCAGAAUGAAAUGAAAUCAAAUAAUGUUGGGACACUUCAACUUACACAAACAUGGCAUAAGUAUGGGUCAUGUACGGAAGGAACUAUCCCCAUACGGAGGAAAGGAAAAGCUUACAACCCAGCAACUUUACGGAAAAAUCAUCAACCAAAAUUUUCACCUUAUAAGACUCUUAAUAUAUCAGAACCAAAGGACAUAUGGGAAGGCCAUGAGUACGCGGUGAUUGAGCUGAGUGGCAAUUUUCUAGGAGCACAAGCAAAAAUAAAUCUUUGGAAACCGAUUGUUGAAACACCAAGUGAAAUGAGUGUAUCCCAAAUAUGGGUUAGUGCCGGUGAAGAAGAAGCUAAAAAUACCAUUGAAGCCGGAUGGAUUGUGAGCCAAAAAGUAUAUGGCGAUGACAAGACCAGAUUUUUCAUAUAUUGGACGACGGAUGGAUACAAGAGCACGGGUUGCUACAACCUUUUAUGUGAUGGUUUUGUUCACACAUCGUCAGAUAUCUCCCUUGGUUGCAGUUUCAGCGAAGUGUCCACCUUGCAUGGCGUCCAAAAAGAUGCACACUUCAAUAUUCAUAGGGACCAAACUACUGGACAUUGGUGGGUGCAAAUACAAGGUAAUCCAGUUGGAUACUAUCCGAAUAUUCUCUUCACGCAAUUAUCAAGGACAGCAAAAUUUGUACAAUUUGGUGGAGAAAUCUUGAAUACAAAAAGUAAAGGAAGAUAUACUUCGACACAAAUGGGUAGUGGUCAUUUUCCUUCUGAAGGUGGUUUGAAAACAUCGAGUUAUUUUAAUUGGGUUCAAGUAAUUGAUGAAGAUAACAAGAUCAGAGAUGCUAAAGAUGCUGGGCCAAUAGUGACGAAUCCAAACUGUUAUGAUUUGAAAAUUACCAAGGACAGAUAUGAUACAAAUGGUUACGGUUUUUACUAUGGAGGUCCCGGUUAUAAUGACAAAUGUCAAUGA